UUGUUGCGCUAGAGCUGCUGUCAUGUGAUAGCUGGCCUGAGAAACUGCUGCUGCUGUUGCUGACAGUGGCUCCCUACCUUUAGAUGAGGUUAUAAUAAAAUCACGCUGGAAGUUUUAUGUUUCUUGGAGAAGAAGAGCACGGCUGGUUUCUGACGGAGAGAAGGGACGCAGGGGUUGUGUAGCUGGCCCGUCGGACGCUGCCAUGGGUUGCUGUUACAGCAGUGAGAACGAGAGCCCAUCUGAGGACCCCGAGAGAAAGCCGUUGAUCCCCCCAAACCCUGUCAGCAAGCCCCCAAAUGGGACAGACUGGAUCACUACCAAUGCCCCGUCUGCACGGACAGAUGAACAGGCCCUCCUCACGUCUAUAUUGACAAAGACGGCACAGAACAUCAUCGAUGUCUCAGCAGCUGACUCUGUCAUGGUGGAGCCGCACGAGUACAUGGACAGAGCCCGACAAUACAGUACAAAGCUGGCUGUGUUGAGCACCAGUCUGCCUCAAAAGAAAGUCCUUGCUCUCCCCUCCCUCACCAGCCAGCCCCACCAAGUGCUUGCAAGUGACCUGGUGCCAUACUCAGAUGUUCAGCAGGUGUCUAAGAUAGCAGCCUAUGCUUACAGUGCAAUCUCUCAAAUCAAAGUGGAUGCUAAAGAAGAAUUGGUGGUCCAGUUCGCCAUUCCCUGAUUCUGCAACUCUGGCCUGCAUAUUGUUCCUCCAGUCCUGCUUUCUGUGUCACGCCUGCAUCCUCAACCUCCAGCCCCACCCGUCAUUAAAGCAUUUUGGUCCUUUUGCUUCUUAGCUAUGCCUUUUAAACAGUUAUAAAGGCAGAGACAAUGUAGGGUUUUAUCCUAUGGCUGUCCUUGAGUGUAAUUAAUUCAGUGACAUAUGGAAGAUGGGCCUGAUCAAGACCUCCAGCUGUGGAAUUCAACCUUCUUGAUAUGAGCGCUUUAAUUUAAAGGGGGGGGAAAAAGGGGGGUUAUUUUAAUUUUAUCUUCUGAAAAUUGGAGCCAGCUUCUCACCUUGUUGAUUUUGCAGAAGUGUAAAAAAAAAAAAAAAAAAAAAAAAAAAAAUCUACAUUGGACUCACCUGGGAUAGAGCUGUUGGAUUUUUGGCACAAAGACGUUGGCUAUUGGUUAAUACAAUAUAUUUGAGAAAUAAGGAAUCACUGUGGCUUGGAAUAAUGAAAAUAAUCACUGCAUCACAUGUUGGAUAAUUUAUUUUAUUUACCAGAAUUAAAAAAAAACAAAAAACUUAAACAAUGGCUUACCAUUAACUCUU